AUGGAUAUCCCCCUGCUACGGCUACACGACGGCAAUCAAAUCCCGAUGCUUGCUUAUGGCACUGGUACCGCUUGGUUUAAGGAGGUGGGCGACACCUCGUUCAACCAGGGCCUUGUAGACCUGACCAAAGCAGCCAUUGAGAAAGGCUUCUACCAUUUGGACUGUGCGGAGAUGUACGGAACCGAGGAGGAAGUUGGCGUCGCUAUCAAGGAGUCGGGAGUCCCCCGUGAAAAGCUGUUCAUAACCAAUAAAGUCGCCCAGGGCAUUGACGAUAUUGAGGCGGCAAUCGACCAGAUCCUCCAGAAGAUCCAGACCGAUUAUUUUGACCUAUACCUGAUUCACAUUCCCUUCUUCGCCAAAUCCGACGAGGACUUCCAGCGCGCGUGGAAGACCAUGGAGAAAAUCCGAGAGUCGGGCAAGGCGCGAUCGAUCGGAGUGAGCAACUACCUGCGCCCGCAUAUCGAGGCGACGCUCAAGGGAGCAACCAGCCGUCCCGUGAUCAACCAAAUCGAGUAUCACGCCUACCUUCAGCGCGGAAACAGUUACGUUGCCUGGCUACAGGAGCAGGGCAUUCAGGUCGGCUCGUUCAAAGGGCUGACCCCAGCUUUCCGUGCUCCUCCUGAUGGGCCGCUGCGGGAGCCGCUGGCUCGUAUCGCCAAAGCGCAUGGUGUAACGGAAGCUGCUGUGCUCAUCGCCUGGAUCAUACGGAACAACGUCGUUGCUGUCACCACCACUACAAAGCUAGACAGGUUGGAUGAGUACGCUCAGACGUUGAAAAUAACGCUGACGGAGGACGAGGUGAGAGAUAUUACGAAUGUGGGCGCUACAUACCACUUCCGCAUGGCAUGGGGAGAGCAUUUCUCUAAAGAUGACCGUUCGUAG